GCUGUUUUUGUUUUGAAGAACCGGAAUGAACGAUGCGUGACAAUGGGAUUACCUUUGUCUUUGCGUCUGGACUAAAAAAGAAACGCAUUCGCUCGCUGACAAAAGUCGAGGAGGAAUGCUUCUUAUGCAUACGGCGUGCAGAAGUUUUCCACGAACUUGUGUCGGUCGUACGUCCCCUGUCCUCAAAUUACUGUCCGGAAGAACGAUGAGUUCACAUAAUUCAGGAAAGCCAGUCUUGCACGGUGCACUGAACAAGGUUUCUUGGCUUAUUGGAAAGUGGGAAGGUGAAGGCUGUGGCGUCUAUCCAACGAUCUCUCCUUUCAUGUACGGUGAAGAGAUCAUCUUUGAUCACGUGGGACAGCCGAUGCUCUCUUACAGCUCUAGAACAUGGCAUCUGGAAAAAGGAGUUCCAAUGCACCACGAAGUUGGAUUUCUCAAAGUAAAACCAGAAACAUCAUCAUUGGCCUUCAUUAUAGCACAGAAUACAGAGGAUAUUCAGGUUAAAGGAUCCAGAUACUCUGGAAAUGGAGUGUUUCAUGGAAACAACCAACACAGAACACCAAAAACAUCUGCACAUCACUUACAAGAAGGUCACCAACUAAUGACUAGAGAAAUUAAGUCUUAGACUUAUGAACUAGCUUAGAUAAGUUCUUAGAGAACUACAAAACCACAAAUGCAAAGAAGUGUUCAAAAAAAUGUAUAUUUAGGCCUCCCAGAUUGUAGUCGAUCAGUAUUAGACAUGAGGCAAGGAAGAACAAAUUUCUUAUAAUUAAUCUGGAAAAACCUGCACCACCUAGACAAAGUGUUGUAAAGUUAAGCAUAGCGUGACAAAGCAUGACAAACAAUUCUAAAGUAGGCUUUGAUUACAUAUAACUACAACCAGAAAUAUGAUUUAUGUGUAACCCUUUGUUGUUAGAGUAUUCGUGAAAAUAUUCCUACUACGUGUUGCAUAGAAUACAGAAACUUGUAUGUGUUUUCCAUCUAAAAACACGUAGGAACACUAGUUCCGCAGGAUCUACGAAAGUGUCCUCUCAUAUCUGUGAAAUUGCGGAUAUACGUGGUAAUUAAGUUGUUUAUUCCAAGGGAAACUCAAAUUAUCUUCUGUAUUUUGUAUCACGUAUGAUUUAGCUACCAUUAUGUAUAUAAGAACUUUGAUUCAAGCAAUAGAGUAGAUUCAGUUGAUUGUAAAGCAGUUGAGUGUCCUGCACCCCGUGUGCAAGCUCGCGUUAAACCCAACGUUUGCCUAAGCAUUGAAACAGCUUGACGCUAACCGACCCUCAGCCAAAAUUAUACUACACAGAAGGACCAUUUGAAACACUUUUUUUCAAUGCCCUAUAAUUCACACUCUGUGCUCUUUCCUUCCCAGUUAAAUUUACUGGUGAUACUCUGUUGCACAUACAGUUGAACCGCCAAUAAGCAACCUCCAUAAAUGUCCAGUCUAGGUGACUUAUUUAAUCAGUUGAUUUUAUUAAUGUUGGAAAUAUAAUGUACAUUUAAAUCCUACCCUCUGAUUGGUUUUUGUGGUGUAGGUUUCAGUAAGUGAAUUGAAAUCAGAAGCCCAAAGUAGAGAGGGCACAGAAUUAAAUACAUUAAAGAAUGAUAUAGUUCUCAAAAUGUUUUAAUCUUUAAUUGAAGUUUGUUACUAACAACAAAUUAUUGUAAAUAAUGUCGAAAUCCCAAGGCAGAGGACUACAAUUUUGUAGCUAUUUUAUGAGUUGUCAAAUGAAUAGCUGAUUAUAAAGGAAAAUUAUAUUUUCAUCAGCUAUAUUA